AUGAGGAGGAAUGGAGGAGGUGAUGGAGGAGGAAGGGAGGAGGUGAUGGAGGAGGAAGGGAGGAGAGGAUGCAGGAGGAAGGGAGGAGGUGAUGGAGGAGGAAGGGAGGAGAUGAUGGAGGAGGAAGGGAGGAGGUGAUGGAAGAGGAAGGGAAUUGACUGGUUCUUGGCUGGAUGUCCUUCCCAUUGAUCCUGGCUUGUGUGUGUUUUAGUGUGUGUGUUUUUGUGUUUUUGUUUAAGUGUUUGUGUUUUAGUGUGUGUGUUUUAGUGUUUGUGUUCUAGUUUUCAUGUUUUAGUGUUUGUGUUUUAGUGUGUGUUUUAGUGUUCGUGUUUUAGGGUUAUGGUUUAGGUGUUGAGUUUUAGGUGUGUGUGUUUUAGUGUUCGUGUUUUUAGAGUGUGUGUUUUAGUGUCGGUGUUUUAGGUUCGUGUUUUAGUGGUGUGUGUUUAGUGUGUGGUUGUUAGUGUGUGUGUUUUAGUGUUGUGUUUAGUGUUUGUUUUAGUGUGGUGUUUUAGUGUUGUGUUUUAGUGGUUGUGUUAGUGGUGUUGUUUAGGUGUGGGUGUUUAGUGUGUGUGUUUUAGUGUUAGUGUUUUUGUGUGUGUGUUUUAGUGUUCGUGUGUUUAGUGUUCGUGUUUUAGUGUGUGUGUUUUAGUGUGUGUGUUUUAGUGUUGUGUUUUAGUGUUCGUGUUUUAGUGUGUGUGUUUUAGUGUUCGUGUUUUAGUGUUCGUGUUUUAGUGUGUGUGUUUUAGUGUGUGUGUUUAGUGUUCGUGUUUUAGUGUUCGUGUUUUAGUGUGUGUGUUUUAGUGUUCGUGUUUUAGUGUGUGUGUUUUAGUGUUCGUGUUUUAGUGUGUUUGUUUGAGUUUGUGUGUGUUUUAGGGGACUGGUAUCAGUGAUACAAAAAUAAUAAUAAAAACAUGUUUUAUUGUCACAUACUGUAACUGUGAAUGUGUUGUUUUACAGCAGGGAUCAUCAACUAGAUUCAGCCGUGGGCCGAUUCUUUCUUGAGCGUAUAGUUGGGGGCCAGAACAUAAUUAAAAAUAAUUUGUAGAGGUCAAAUUGACCGCAAGAAGCCCAAACAGAUAUAAUAUUUGACUAAAACAUAAUAAUUUAAAAACGUGCUUACAUUUGUAUACGAUCACUUGUCUCUAUUAUGCGUGGGAAUACUUGGGAACAGAUUUCCAAUAUUAAAAUCACUUUCUGGUGUUUUUACAGUCUUUUUGUCCAACAAUAAAAAUAAAAAAUAAAUUAAAAACUUGGGGGCCAAAUAAAACCAAUUUGGCCCGCGGGCCGCUAGUUGGGGAACCCUGUUUUACAGGGUCAGCUAUAGUAGUGCAGUGCCCCUGGAGCAAAUUAGGGUUUUUUCACCUUGUCGGUUUUUCACGUUAUCUAGCUUUCACCUCAUCUAGCUAUAGACAGGUGAGUAUAGUGCAGGGUUGGCCAACCCUCUUCAUGGAGAGGUAAGGGAUGUGCAGGUUAUUGCUUCAGCCCUGAACUAACACAUCUGAUUCAGCUAUUGAGCUGUUCAUCAGGACAUUGAUUAGUCAAAUCAGGUGUGCUGGAGCAGGGCUAGAGCAAAAGCCUGCCCACUCUCCAGGAGGAGGGUUGGCCACCCCUGGGCUAACGUUAGACAAAACCAAAGAGACAGUGUAGUCGUGGCAGGGGAGAGAGGGUGGGAGAGAGACAGAGAGAGAGAAAGGGAGUAGAGCAGGAUAUCCAGAGUCUGCUAAUCUCACUAAAUUCUAAUCCAUAAUCAGAUUAAACACUCACAAUCUGUCUGUUGCACAGGAUUACUGUCUGGACCCGCAACAGCAGCACACAUCCUCUCCCUCUUCAUUCUUCUCUCUCCAUCCCUGCCUCUUCAUCCCUCUCUCUCUCCAUCCCUCUCUCUCCAUCCCUCUCUCUCCCAGCCUCUCUAUCCCUCUCCAUACCUUCCUCUCCAUCUCUCUCCAUCCUUCUCUCUCCAUCCCUUCAUCUCCAUCCCUCUCUCUCCCAGCCUCUCCAUCCCUCUCUCUUCCAGCCUCUCCAUCCCUCUCCAUCCCUUUCUCUCCAUCUACCUCCAUCCCUCAAACCCUCAAACCCUCCAAGACACCACUGGACAAUAUCACUGGACUUCCUUAACCCUAUAACACACACACACACACACACACACACACACACACACACACACACACACACACACACACACACACACACACACACACACACACACACACACACACACACACACACACACACACACACACACUGUGCAGGGACUCUUAACUUGUCGCAUGCUUGAGCUGAGCCUCAGCCACCUUCCUCCUGCAAUUUUCAAAUUCAUGCUCUUAGCCGCAAUUACUCUAACAGGGUGUGUCUGUGUGUAUAAUGGCUAUCAGAUUUAAUGCACAUAUCAUUUCAAUGAUUUUCUAAAACGACACUUUACUAAAUAAUGUUCUUUGUUGUUCGAUUGUCUGUGUGGAAUCAAAUUGUAUGAUAGAUUGUUUGCUAUGCUGAAGUUUGGGUAAGUGUCUGUUAAGGCUGGGCGGUAUACCGUAUUUACUAUAUACCGGUAUUGAUGGACCGGUUUGGGUUUUUACUUUAUCUCCUAUAAAGGUAUUUGAAUGUUUGGUUUAUUAAAUGUGAUAUACCGUGUGUAACUUUUCAAUUUUUAUUGUUUACACCGCUACUUGAGUCAUCUCUCACUGCUCUCUCCAUGCUGCUUUCCUCACAGACCAAGCACCACCCCGUCACUCGAGAAGCGCGUUUGUUGUUGCUUGACCACGAGACACCUGCAUUCAGUCUGCAUGAUCAAUGCAGCACAUGCAACAAUGUUGAUGACAACAAUGUUGUUUCCACUUUGCUUCUUAAUAUAAAUCCACAAGCGUUCUGUUAUUACACUAUUAGUUUGUGUUUCUUACAUCUGCAAACAGCUAGUUUGUCUUUUCUUAGCAGGUUUUAGCUAAAUCGUGUUAGCUGGAUAGCUAGCUAAUAAAUGUACUGAGUCAGAGUAAACGUAGCUAGCUAAUACAGCCUGAUUGUCACGCCCUGACUCAGGGGACGUUUAUUUGUUGAGUCAGGGUGUUUAUAUUCCGUGUUGUGUUGUUUCUAUGGUGUAGUAUCUGGUAUGUCUAUUUCUAUGUUGGCCGGGGUGGUUCCCAAUCAGAGGCAGCUGUCGCUCGUUGUCUCUGAUUGGGGACCAUACUUAGGCAGCCUUUUGGCACCUGUUAGUUGUGGGAUCUUGUUCCGUAUAGGUUUGUUGUGUGUACCUUAAGACUUCACGUAUCGUUUGUUUGUUGUUUUGUCGUGUGUUCCUCGGUCCCGUAUAUCCUGCGCCGGUGCUACGUACUGUAUCGCCAGUACGCGUGCACAGCCCCGUACGUCCUGUGCUAAUGCCUCACACAUAUUGUGUGGAAGUAGGCAUCCAGCCAGGACGGGUUGUGUCAGCUCUCCGCUCCAGACCUCCAGUCGGGUCCAGCUCCAGUCAGCGGUUCCAGUCCAGACCCAGACAUCAGCCCCUCUCCAGGUUCGGGGCUCCCACACCAGGGUCCAGACAGGGCUUGGUACUUCGUGGGAGGAAGGAGAGGGGAAGCAGCGCGCCGAGGUCCAGACCAAACCAGGGGCGCAACAGGGAGGUGGAGAGAAAGUGGUGGUCACGCCCGGAGCCGGAUCCGCCUCCGAGGCGGAAUGCCCACCCGGCCCCUACCCUGUUAUGUUUAUGUGGCGCGGUCGGAGUCCACACCUUUGGGGGGGGGGGGUACUGUCACGCCCUGACUCAAGGGACGUUUAUUUGUUGAGUCAGGGUGUGUAUAUUCCGUGUUGUGUUGUUUCUAUGGUGUAGUAUCUGGUAUGUCUAUUUCUAUGUUGGCCGGGGUGGUUCCUAAUCAGAGGCAGCUGUCGCUCGUUGUCUCUGAUUGGGGACCAUACUUAGGCAGCCUUUUGGCACCUGUUAGUUGUGGGAUCUUGUUCUGUAUAGGUUUGUUGUGUGUACCUUAAGACUUCACGUAUCGUUUGUUUGUUGUUUUGUCGUGUGUUUAUUCGUUUAAAUAAACAUGCACGCUUAUCACGCUGCGCCUUGGUUCGACCAGUCUUUAAACGAUCGUGACACUGAUACCAGCGCUGGUGUAGACCUAAAUCAGCAUGUUGAUUGCGCAACAGCAUCUUCUAAAUCAAAGAGGAAUAGGUGAAGCAUUAAUAUGUUGGCUACAUGAAGAAACAUUUAAUGUAGCCAAAGAUUAUAGGGUCCCCUAGGAAACACUGACUAUCACUUUGGUUCCUACCCUGUCACAAUAACUCCUCCCUUGCAUUUUCAUUCGCUGUCAUGUCAAACACCACUGUGCUCACUAUUAUUUAUAAUUAACUAUAGGAUUAGAAUAAACAUUCUAUUUCCAAGAUUCCAACUGUUCACCCAAGUGUUCUGAUCUAAAUCGCAAGUCAAAUCGCAAUUGCAACAUUUGGUUAAAAAUAAGGCCUCGUUUCUUUGCCAUAUCGUGCAGCCCUACGUGUCAGUGUGGAAUUGAUCUCAAAUGAGUGCAGGAAAUGCAGAAAUUGAUGGAAAUGCAGGUAAUUAUAUUUGGUUGAAGUAGAAUUUAACAGUAUGAAACAAUCAGAAUGGAGAAAGACCCAUUGAAAUCACUUAGAAUGUAUGUGUUGUUAGGGGGGGUCAUAUUGUAUUUGUGAGUGUUUGGAAAUGGGAUGACUGUACACUCCCGUCCCUCUCUCUCCUCUUUCCCUCUUGUCUCUCUCUACCCCUCCCCUCUCUCCCCUCUCUCUCACUUUACCCACCCCCUCCUCACUCUGAGUAGAGGUUGCCAAACACCCGUUCUCUCCUCUCGUCUGACUGAGGCAGGGUGAGUUGAGCUAAGUUGAACAGGGACAGGAUGCCAAAUUGAAUCAAAGAAACUGCAAUUCAAAUUAAAUUGUUAAUGUACCCUGCUGUCUGAUGCAAUGUAACUUGUCAUUUGAAUUGAAAAAGAGAGAGCGGGUAGAGAUAGAUGUAAUAUUCUAAUUACUAAAAUGUAGGGAGAGAGAGAGCAAGGGAAAAAGAGAAAGGAAAUAGUAGUAGUUCAAGCAUGAAUGCCUUCUCUGUAAGGUUCACCUUUUAUUCACACCACACACCAACAAUAUCUCUUUUUCUCUAUCCUCUCUCUCUCACCCACUCUCUAUCUCCCCCCCUCUCUCUCUUUCUCUCUGCUCUCUCUCUCUGUCUCUUUCUCUCUCUGCCCGUAGCGAUGCUUCAGGGAGGCUCUUGUUUGAAGUGGAGAUUCUCUCCCUCAGUCACACCAGCUGCCAUUUUACAUUUAGCCUACUACACCCCACUUUACAGAGGGAGAGACACUGUCCCUGUCUUUUCCCUCCUUUUCCCACCACCUCCCCAUCUUCUUCUUCCUCCCCUUCUUUAUCCUCCUCCUCUCCCUCUCUUCCUCUCUUCCUCCCCCUCUCUUCCUUCUCCUCCUCCCUCUCUCUGAGACCUAUAGUGUACAGGAGUCACAGCACAUUAACACUUUAAUGAACUCUCGUUUUCCUACAUCCUCAUUUUCCCCUAAGUACCCCCUCCCCACGACAGUACCACACACACACACACACACAUACUCAAACACACACAUACACACACAGACACGUGCGCGCACAAACACGCGCUCACACGCGCUCACACACACACACACACACACACACACACACACACACACACACACAGAUCCUGCGCUGUGCCCUGGUAGACCCCAGAGGUAUUAGAUACUCUGUAUGACAUUAAAAUGUGUUGGAGGGAAGUGUAAAACAAAGGGUUAUAAAUUACAUUUUAAUUCCUGUUUUUAUUCAGUCCUGCUGUGUAGAGAGGAGAGAGGUGGCUGUUGUUUUGGCGUUUUCUCUUUAUUCAGGAACACAAAAGAUAAUGAAUUCAUCUGAGGGGAGGGGGAAGGGGGGACUGGAGAGGCUGGUUUUGUUACACGUCCCAGAGGAUAUCUUCUGCUGGCUGCAAGACAGAGUGGGGGGGGGGGGGGGGGGGGGGAUUGUGGGUGAAGGAAUUAUUAAAGAAAGAAAGGGAGAGCUUGCUGGCUGGGCCAAAGGAAUGGACAUAUCCUUAGAGGGUUCUCUCUCUCUUUCUUUCUCUCUCUCUCUCUCUCUCUCUCUCGCUCUCUCGCUCUCUCUCUCUCUCUCUCUCUCUCUCUCUCUCUCUCCAAAUGGUCUUUUGUGACUGCUCUCGGUAGCACUUUAUAAUAACUCCACAUAAUAAAGCAUUUAUAAUGGAUUAGUAAAAAGUUUAUUUAUCAUUUAUUCAUCAUUACUCCAUUCAUAAGAUGUUUAAUAUAGGUCCUUAUAAACCAUUUACUAAUCAUUAGUUAAGUAUUUUUGUGUGGCUUCAUCUAAAGUGUGGGCUAUUUAUACUUUAUAAAUGUUUUGAGUAACCAGUGUAAUUUCUCACACAAAUAUGGACAUUCCAUUGGUAGACAUUCCAGCAGUACCUGAUGCUCCUUAAAAGGGCAAUCUGCAGUUGCUUCAUACAUUUUUGGACUUCUGAAUGAAUUAAAUGUACCAAUUGAUUCUUGAAGAAUAUAACUUAUAAAUGCCUCAUGAGCUUAGUUCAACUGUCGUACCCCAUCAGAACCCAAAAUAUAAGCUUGUUUCACUCCAAUGUUUGUAAACAAAGUACAUGUAAACAAACACUAUUUAGCCUUAAAACUAUCAUUUUGAUAUCAUGGAUGGUCAGUCAUUGAAUCCAUAGCUCUGUCUAUGAUUUUGAGAGUGGUUACAUUUCUCCAUCCCUAUCCCUCAGCUUUUUACUGAAAUAGGGGUGGGGAGGAAACUUGGUUAUUGUUUCAACUGCUGAUUGCCAUUUUAAGGUCUCAAAAUAGCCUAUAACAUAUCAAUGGUAAAAUAAUAAGCACACAACAAAGGAUGUUAAAAGGAAAUAUAUAGAACAUUUUAUUCACAAAAACUGUUGUGAAACUUACUGUUGUGAGAAUUUUUUGCUAAUGUUGUCAACCUAGCAGACGCGAACUAAUCAUAAAACAGGAAGAUGUAGCCUACACCGGACUGGACAGUUUUUCUCUAGUGGAUUUUUAUUCCUUCAUUAUGACUGAUAUGUGAUUGAGGUAGACAUUUUUCUUGUAUGAUUUGCAGGUAGAAAUGUUACAUGUAUAACCUUUAAAUGCAUCCAGUGCUUCAGUAUUUUAACCGCAUACUACUUUCACACAUGGCUUUGUUUGGCAGCACCUUUACUGAGCCUUUAACGGUAGUGACUCUUUAAAUGUAAUGGGAUUGUUCAGCGAAAUAAUUUAUUUAGAUAUUUGCUUCCUUACCUCGUAGGCAGUUUAUGGACUGCUCUUAACCUCUCAUGGACAUAUUCUGCUCGUAAAGCAAAGAAUCUGUAGCGACAGGAUGGAAUGCGUAGGAUAGCAAGCAAAUCAAAUCAAAUCAAAUUGUAUUGGUCGCAUACACAUAUUUAGCAGAUGUUAUUGUGGGUGUAGCGAAAUGCUUGUGUUCCUAGCUCCAACAGUGCAGUAAUAUUUAACAUUACACACAAAUCUAAAAUAAUGGAAUUAAGAAAUAUAGAAAUAUUAGGAUGCGCAAUGUCUGAGUCGGAAGUAUAAAUAUAUAUAUAUAUAUACAGUACCAUUCAAAAGUUUGGACACACCUACUCAUUCAAGGGUUGUCUAUAUUUUUACUAUUUUCUACAUUGUAGAAUAAAUGUGGCCAAUAAAAAGAAUAGAUUAAGAUGGGAAGUCUGAGAUAUGGCUUUUUCUUUGCAACUCUGCCUAGAAGGUCAGCAUCCCGGAGUCGCCUCUUCACUGUUGACGUUGAGACUGGUGUUUUGCGGGUACUAUUUAAUGUAGCUGCCAGUUGAGGACCUGUGAGGCGCCUGUUUCUCAAACUAGACACUCUAAUGUAUUUGUCCUCUUGCUCAGUUGUGCACUGGGGCCUCCCACUCCUCUUUCUAUUCUGGUUAGAGCCAGUUUGCCCUGUUCUGUGAAGGGAGUAGUACACAGCGUAGUAUGAGAUCUUCAGUUUCUUGGCAAUUUCUUGCAUAGAAAAGCCUUCAUUUCUCAGAACAAGAAUAGACUGAUGAGUUUCAGAAGAAAGUUCUUUGUUUCUGGCCACUUUGAGCCUGUAAUUGUACCCACAAUUGCUGAUGCUCCAGAUACUCAACUAGUCUCAAGAAGGCCAGUUUUAUUGCUUCUUUAAUCAGCACAACAGUUUUCAGCUGUGCUAACAUAAUUGCAAAAGGGUUUUCUAAUGAUCAAUUAUCUUUUUAAAAUGAUAAACUUGGAUUAGCAAACACAACGUGCCAUUGGAACACAGGACUGAUGGUUGCUGAUAAUGGGCCUCUGUAUGCCUAUGUAGAUAUUCCAUUAAAAUCAGCCGUUUCCAGCUACAAUAGCCAUUUACAACAUUAACAAUGUCUACACUGUAUUUCUGAUCAAUUUUAGGUUAUUUUAAUGGACAAAAAAAUUGCUUUUCUUUCGAAAACAAGGACAUUUCUAAGUGACCCCAACCUUUUGAACGGUAGUGUAUAUAUAUGUGUCUAUAGACAAUAUAGACAGUAUAUGGAUAGAAUAUGUACAGUUGAAGUCGGAAGUUUACAUACACCUAAGCCAAAUACAUUUAAACUCUGUUUUUCACAAUUCCUGAAAUUUAAUCCUAGUACAAAUUCCCUGUCUUAGGUCAGUUAGGAUCACCACUUUAUUUUAAGAAUGUGAAAUGUCAGAAUAAUAGUAGAGAGAAUGAUUUAUUUUAGCUUUUAUUUCUUUCAUCACAUUCCCAGUUGGUCAGAAGUUACAUACACUCAAUUAGUAUUUGGUAGCAUUGCCUUUAAAUUGUUUAACUUUAAUUGGUCAAACGUUUCGGGUAGCCUUCCACAAGCUUCCCACAAUAAGUUGGGGGAAUUUUGGCCCAUUCCUCCUGACAGAGCUGGUGUAACUGAGUCAGGUUUGUAAGCCUCCUUGCUCGCACACGCCCAGAAAUGUUCUAUAGGAUUGAGGUCAGGGUUUUGUGAUGGCCACUCCAAUACCUUGACUUUGUUGUCCUUAAGCCAUUUUGCCACAACUUUGGAAGUAUGCUUGGGGUCAUUGUCCAUUUGGAAGACCCAUUUGUGACCAAGCUUUAACUUCCUGACUGAUGUUUUGAGAUGUUGCUUCAAUAUAUCCACAUACAUUUCCUUCCUCAUGAUGCCAUCUAUUUUGUGAAGUCCACCAGUCCCUCCUACAGUUUCCAAGCUGUUUAAAGGCAUGGUCAACUUAGUGCAUGUAAACUUCUGACCCACUGGAAUUGUGAUACAGUGAAUUAUAAGUGAAAUAAUCUGUCUGUAAACAAUUGUUGGAAAAAUUACUUGUGUCAUGCACAAAGUAGAUGUCCUAACCGACUUGCCAAAACUAUAGUUUGUUAACAAGAAAUUUGUGGAGUGGUUGAAAAACAAGUUUUAAUGACUCCAACCUAAGUGUAUGUAAACCUCCGACUUCAACUGUAUAUCUGAAGAAUAGUAUAUGUACAGCAAUAGUUAAAUAGGAUAGGCCUUGACUAGAAUACAGUAUAUACUGUACUGUACUGUACAUAUUAAGUUUAUGAAGGUCUUGGGUAACAAUUUUCUUCAAAUAACACAAUGGCAUUUUCGUUUGUUUAUAAUACCCGAACCACCAAGACAUGUGGUCGAAUGAUGAAAACAUCAGUAGCCUAAUCAUCUUUAUAAGCGCCAACUGUGCUUGAUAAAUUGUGAAAAUCAGCACAAAAGCAAUAAUGGCAUUAUAAUUAAUAUAAGUGUUGUAAUGACAGCAGUCAAAAAUAGUCAAUUAUUGUCAGCUCGUGCUUACAUGGUGUGUAUCUUCACCCAAUGGCAUCAGUUGGAGCAUGUCCAUCAGAGGAGGCUGGUGGGAGGAGCUAUAGGAGUAGUGGCUGAAAUGGCAUAAAUGGAACGGUAUCAAACACAUAAAUAUAUGAAAACCGUUUGACACCAUUCCAAUCAUUCCAUUCCAGUCAUUACAAUGAGCCCGUCCUCCUAUAGCUCCUACCACCAGCCUCCUCUAAAGUCCAUGUCACAUAAACAACAAAAGCUGGUGAGUGUGUUGCUGAUGUCGUUUUUAGCUUGAGAAGUAGGGCUGCUCUCUCAGUGGUGACAUUUUGUGCUGAUAAUCGUCCCGUAGCAUUGUCACCGGCUUGUUCUGUCCAAACGGUGCCAUCCCUUCCUCUCUCCUGUCUCACCGUUUCAUUUGGUGGUGAGGUGAGCACCUGCUCAGUACGCACCGUUCUGGCUUUUUUGCACUUCGGCCUCGGAGGUGUAGGUUCAGGCUGAGGCUCAGAAUCAGAAGAAUAAUCACCAGAGAUGUCAUGAUUAAUUUCUUCCACACCAUCUGAGUCGUUUUCAUUCAGAUUUUGUAGGAACUUUCAUUCAGCAUGUGCAACCAUUUUGUCUUGGUCUCUUGCCAUUGUAAAUUAGGCACGCUCUCACUGUGUACUCCAAGUAGGCCAGAGUAGACUGAUAAGACUGUUUGGACUGAUAUAAGGUACAUACCAUUUUGAGAUUAAAAUUAGAAUAGAUCAAUACAAUAGAAUGGGCCGCCCUGUUCUUCAUUCACAAUUGGUGAUAACAUAAUUAUGCGUUGUUCGCUUCCCCCCCGCUCAUCAACUCACCCAUUCUCCCCCUUUCUCCACCAUCAUGCUUUACUUCAUUUAUUUAAUCUGUUGUUAUAUCUGUGAAAUUAGUUUCGGAAUAGUUUAGGUUCAGUUUCGAGGGUUUUAUCGGGGUGAUUAUCAACUGGGCACGGCACUUUCAACUGUCGGGAAAAGGAGGGGAGCAGGCCUUACUGUCGGGAGAAUGGGGGAAACCCAUUCAAAAAAUGACAAGAAAUUACACUGGUCACUCAAAACUACGGCUGUGAAAGUGUACGUGUUAAUAAUACGAUAACGCGUGACAUCUAAAUCACCGUAAAUGUUUUUGACGCCAUUAAUCACGGAACCUUUUAAGUGCACAUGUUUCCGAAUGGACCCUUUUAAACACAUUACAUAACACGGACCACAGCUACAGUCAUUGCUUGCGGCUUUACAUGAAACCCCUUUACAUCGCUGAAGACCAUGUGCCUCUAGCCAAAAUCAUGUCAUAGUUAUGCCCAAUAUUACCAGAUCUAUGUUUUUCUUUCUGCUCCUGAGCCGCUAUUUUCUAAAUUUGGAUGGCACAGGAAGAACAGAAAAGGAAUAGGCUACUCAAAGAGAUGCUUCAAAGGUAGGCUGCAUAUGUAUGCAAGAGUAGGUGUGUGAGAGAGGAUGUGUGUGAGAGCGGGAGUAAGUGGACGAUUUCAUUAAUGGCCUGGUGCCCUAAAAUGUGCAUACUCCGCCCACCUGUGGCACCGGGCCAUGCAAAACGAACUUGCCCAGUUAGAGAGAGAAGUUGUGGGAGGGAGAGUGUGUAGGCCUACAGUUGAAGUCGGAAGUUUACAUACACUUAGGUUGGAGUCAUUAACACUCGUUUUUCAACCACUCCUCAAAUUUCUUGUUAACAAACUAUAGUUUUGGCAACUCGGUUAGGACAUCUACCUUGUGCAUGACACAAGUAAUUUUUCCAACAAUUGUUUACAGACAGAUUAUUUCAUUUAUAAUUCACUGUAUAACAAUUCCAGUGGGUCAGAAGGUUACAUACACUAAGUUGCCUGUGCCUUUAAACAGCUUGGAAAAUUCCAGAAAAUGAUGUCAUGGCUUUAGAAGCUGCUGAUAGGCUAAUUGACAUCAUUUGAGUCAAUUGGAGGUGUACCUGUGGAUGUAUUUCAAGGCCUACCUUCAAACUCAGUGCCUCUUUGCUUGAUAUCAUGGGAAAAUCAAAAGAAAUCAGCCAAGACCUCAGAAAAGAAAUUGUAGACCUCCACAAAUCUGGUUAAUCCUUGGGAGCAAUUUCCAAACACCUGAAGGUACCACGUUCAUCUGUACAAAUAAUAGUACGCAAGUAUAAACACCAUUGGACCACGCAGCCGUCAUACCGCUCAGGAAGGAGAUGCGUUCUGUCUCCUAGAGAUGAACGUACUUUGGUGUGAAAAGUGCAAAUCAAUCCCAGAACAACAGCAAAGGACCUUGUGAAGAUGCUGGAGGAAACAGGUACAAAAGUAUCUAUAUCCACAGUAAAACGAGUCCUAUAUCGACAUAACCUGAAAGGCCGCUCAGCAAGGAAGAAGCCACUGCUCCAAAACCGCCAUAAAAAAGCCAGACUACGGUAUGCAACUGCACAUGGGGACAAAGAUCGUACUUUUUGGAGAAAUGUCCUCUGGUCUGAUGAAACAUAAAUAGAACUGUUUGGCCAUAAUGAACAUCGUUAUGUUUGGAGGAAAAAAGGGGUAGCUUGCAAGCUGAAGAACACCAUCCCAACCUUGAAGCACGGGGGUGGCAGCAUCAUGCUGUGGGGGUGCUUUGCUGCAGGAGGGACUGGUGCACUUCACAAAAUAGAUGGCAUCUUGAGGAAGGGAAAUUAUGUGGAUAUAUUUAAGCAACAUCUCAAGACAGUCAGGAAGUUAAAGCUUGGUCGCAAAUGGGUCUUCCAAAUGGAAAAUGAUCCCAAGCAUACUUCCAAAGUUGUGGCAAAAUGGCUUAAGGACAACAAAGUCAAGGUAUUGGAGUGGCCAUCACAAAGCCCUGACCUCAAUCCUAUAGAAAAUGUGUGGGCAGAACUGAAAAAGUGUGUGCGAGCAAGGAGGCCUACAAACCUGACUCAGUUACACCAGCUCUGUCAGGAGGAAUGGGCCAAAAUUCCCCCAACUUAUUGUGGGAAGCUUGUGGAAGGCUACCCGAAACGUUUGACCCAAGUUAAACAAUUUAAAGGCAAUGCUACCAAAAUACUAAUUGAGUGUAUGUAAACUUCUGACCCACUGGGAAUGUGAUGAAAGAAAUAAAAGCUGAAAUAAAUAAUUCUCUCUAGUAUUAUUCUGACAUUUCACAUUCUUAAAAUAAAGUUGUGAUCCUAACUGACCUAAGACAGGGAAUUUUAACUAGGAUUAAAUGUCAGGAAUUGUGAAAAACUGAGUUUAAAUGUAUUUGGCUAAGGUGUAUGUAAACUUCUAACUUCAACUGUAUGUGUGUAAAGUUAUCUGAACAAUAGUGAUGGUUACAGUGUUUUCAUAACAUUGUUGGACACGUUUAAAAGCUCUUUGUUCUUUGUAUGCAUAGAGCCAGUUCAUUUUUCCUAUAUUCACACACAUUUAGAAUGCCUGAAACUUUGAAUGCUGUGUGUGUGUGUGUGUGUGUGAAUGUGUGUGUGAAAGAGAAAAAUAGAGAGAUCUGGCUACUGUACCGGGAGAUUUCCAGCUAACGAAAUGCCAUCUUCAAUAAUCUACAAACGGCAUGCAGAGACAUAAAAGUGGUAUCCAUGAGUUCAUCUGACUGUCAAAAAAUGACCGAUAUCUAGGAAUCUCGCAGUAUCCCUUUAGUUUAUGAUUAGUAAAUGGUUUAUAAGGACCUACAGUAUAUUAAACAUAUUAUGAAUGAUCUUAUAAAUCAUUAUUCAAUACUUAAAAGUUAUUUAUAAAUGUGUGAAUAACUAGGUUACUAACAUUUACAGAUGUGGGAGUAAUGAUUCAUAAAUUAAUGAAUCAACUAUUUACUAAAAUGCUUUAUUACGUGGAGUUAUUAUAAAGUGUUACCCUGCUCUCUAAUAAGUCUGACUUCUCACUCUUGUCUCUCAUCUUCUCUUUCCUUAGCCUGUCCCCUCCACUCCUCCAUCCCUUCUUCCACCCCACCCCUCCUCACAUCCAUUUCUCCUCCUCUCCUUUCCUCUGUCCAGGGUCUCUGUCUGUAGCAUUCAUCCUCCUCCUUCAAAACAGGGAACACUAGUCUCUGUAGUGUCUCCUGCUGUGUAUAAGACCGCUCAGACUGUUUCUGUUUCCUCUAGAUGCAUAUAUUACACACAUAUAGACACACGGAUAAGAGAGGAGAGGAGAGGAAAGGAGAGGAUGGAUAGAGGAGAGGAGGAAGAGUCCGUAUUAACUGGUAACAUCUCAAUGUCAAUGGACCUGCAAAGCUUUGACUCUGUCUUAAAUCACCUUUUUACUGCUCCCUGACUGAUUUACACACACACGUAUGCACACAGGCACCCACACAUACAUGCAUACACACUCACACACAGGCACACGCACAUAAAGCCUUGACUCUAACACUCUGCCAUGGCUUUAAUGUGCUGAGUCUCAUUGAUUGAAUAUUACCUAUAGUACAUUACCGGUGGUAGAGGAGCCAUCCGGUGUCUGUGUUGUGAUUGGACCAGAGAGGUCUCAUGGGUGUGGCUCUAACUAAGAUGACAUGAGGGAGUGAUGAGGAAGGAGAAGAUGGAUAGGAGGAGGAACGAGGGAGAAGAAUCAGAUCCAGGUGUUUUGGUGCGUUUAAUUACUCACCUGCGAGGCUUACGAGAUGAGCAGACGACAAACACACACACACACACACACACACACACACACACACACACCACAAGACACUCACACACACACACACACGAGACACUCAGGUGGGACUAAUUACUAAAACUCCACCACAGAGAAUGUUACAGCAUGGCUGGCAAACACACACACACACACAGCCCGACUCCGAUAUCCCAAUUCAUCACACCGCCGCUCCUCAAGUCCCACCAGCAGAGAGAAAGCGAUUGAGGGAGAGAGAGAGAGGAGAGAGAGAGAGAGAUAUUAGAGGUAGAGAGAAUAGAGCGCUGGUCCCUAGAGACUGUGUUGCUGCAGGCAGUGCUACAGGUAACAAACACAUCAGUUACACACACCUGUUACUGUAUAGAAGGUAGUAGAGAGAGAGAGAGAGAGAGAGAGAGAGAGAGAGAGAGAGAGAGAGAGAGAGAGGGGAAGGGAGGGAGGGAUAGAAAGCUCACCACAGUUUCUCUCUUUCACCUCUGUGUGGGAGACGUGGAGAGGGGGAGUAAAAGGGAGGAGGAAGGAGAGAAGCGGAGGGAGGGGUCAGAUCAGCGUUUCUCAACUUUUUUAUACCAGGAAUCAGCAAGCUAUGAUCCUUCCUCUUUGGAGGAAGUAACUAGUGACUAUAUAGUGUGCCAGGGAGGGAGGUGGGGGUCUGAUUGCCCAUUCCAGUCACACAGACACACUCCUUCCCUCCACCUCUGUCAGUGACACCACAUUUACUCCUCUCUUCAUGCUGGCUGCGUCUCUCCCUCUCCCUCUCUCUCUCUCCGUCUCUCACUCCAUCUGUAGUAUGUAUGAGUGUCAUUAGCAGUGGUAAUAUGAUGGAUGGCUAAGAGUGGCUUUUCUCUGCCAAGGUGGGACUCCGCGUUAGCACGCCAUCAUUACCUACCUCACUCAUGCACACGCAUGCGCACACAUACACACACUCAUGUGACUGUCCUCCCUGAGGACAGGGUGCUCAAACACCGUAGAGGAGAGAGUGUGAAAUCAUUCAGGAUGGGAAUGUUCUAAUUAUUCACGCUGCAUACAUGAUGUCUGUGAUGUAUGUGUGUGUGUGUAUUUGUCCACACAGUGUGUGUUUGUUUGUGUGUGUGUUUGUACAAGUCUUGAAAUUCAAAUAUGCAAAAAUGUCCUGAGCCCAAACGACCAAUAGUGAGUCAUGUCCUGUCUGUCUGUCUGUCUGUCUGUCUGAGAACCCAACUGUGUAUAACUCCUCUCUAAGGGCUGUUAAGUGUGUGUGUGUGUAUGUGUGUGCGUUACGUACGAGAUAACAGGGAUGAGUCAGUCACUUUGCUGUUUUAUGACAAGCUGAAAUACUUGUUACCUUGAACCUUGAGGAGCUAUGUCAACGCUUCUACACUUGUGUGUAGGUGCUGCACCUAUGAGUAUGAAAUUGGGAGAGCGAAAUAGAGAGAGAUGGUGAGGAGUAGGGUUGCAAAAUUCUAGUAUUUUUCCCAACAUUCUUAAGUUUUCCAGAAAUCCAGGUUAGAAGAUUCCUGGAACAGGCAGGAAAUCCGGAAUCCUCCAACCAGGAUUACUGGAAAACCUGGGAAUUUUGGGAAAGUUAACAGAAUUUCUCAAUCCUAGUGAGGAUAGAAUGUAGGGUGGCGACAGACUGACUCUCUGUGUCUCAGAGUCAAUUCUCUCUGUGCUGGCCACUGGGUGCUUUGGACUUCAGAUUAGAUAGUGUUAUUGAGACACACUGCUGUUUAUGACCUACCUCACCAUGAUACAGCAGCUCUCCCCUCCCCUCUCAUGUCCUCUCCCUCUAUAUGACAGUAGUGUGUGAGCGUGUGUGACAGGACAGCAGUGAUUAACUAUAGUGAAUAAUGUAUAACUGCAUCCCUCCUUUACCCCCAGUAUUCUACUCCACUGGCUCCCACUCCUAUAUUUAGAGGAGUGUUCCUGUGUUCCAUCCAGAGAUGCGGCACAUCACUCACCUGUUUAGGCUGACCUGCUGGCUUCUCUCAGUCACACCUGUUUAGGCUGGCCUGCUGGCUUCUCUCAGUCACACCUGUUUAGGCUGGCCUGCUGGCUUCUCUCAGUCACACCUGUUUAGGCUGGCCUGCUGGCUUCUCUCAGUCACACCUGUUUAGGCUGGCCUGCUGGCUUCUCUCAGUCACACCUGUUUAGGCUGGCCUGCUGGCUUCUCUCAGUCACACCUGUUUAGGCUGGCCUGCUGGCUUCUCUCAGUCAUACCUGUUUAGGCUGGCCUGCUGGCUUCUCUCAGUCACACCUGUUUAGGCUGGCCUGCUGGCUUCUCUCAGUCACACCUGUUUAGGCUGGCCUGCUGGCUUCUCUCAGUCACACCUGUUUAGGCUGGCCUGCUGGCUUCUCUCAGUCACACCUGUUUAGGCUGGCCUGCUGGCUUCUCUCAGUCACACCUGUUUAGGCUGGCCUGCUGGCUUCUCUCAGUCACACCUGUUUAGGCUGGCCUGCUGGCUUCUCUCAGUCACACGUCUGACAGAGAGGAUUCUGUUUCCUGGCUGUGUGAUGAAGGAAAAGGAGCAGACAUGGGUGAACAGGUUCAAUUGACAUUGUAACAGAUUAACAAGGCACAAGGGAGAAACAUACUUAUACAACAGAACCUGUUUUAUCUCUGUUUCAACCUUCAAACAUAGAAUACACAGCAUUGAUAUCUACAGCCCCAUAUCUAGAAAUAGACUGGGUGAACGAGAAGUGAGGUGUGUGUGUGUAUGUGCGUGCGUGCGUGUGCGUGUCGUGUGUGUCUUUUGGGUGAAUAAGAUAUGAGGCAGACUAUUUAUGUCUUCAGAAUAAUGAUUGUAGUUAGUUUAUUGACGCUGACACAACAUGAAUGUGACAUUUGCAGCUUUGCCGCUACCAUGUCUGAAGACCCACAUAAACUAUUACAGCUGACACCCAGGCUUUAGUUCAGCAGGCUAACACAGUCUGGAGACACACAAAUGACAUGGGUUUGGUUCUUGGUGUGUCAUAUAAGGUCCCAAUUAACCGUCCCAGACAGUCUCCUCUCCUCCCUCUCUCCUGUCUUCCCUCUCUCCUCUCCUCCCUCUCUCCUCCUUUCUCCCUGGGCUGUGUGGUGUCUGCUUUUCUUUGUGCUUUCAAUAACCUGCCUAGUCCUGAACUUGACCUCUCUUUCUCUCUCUGAUCAUCUGAUCUUUCAUCUGUCUCUUUCUUUCUUACCUUGCCUGAUCUCUCACCCUUCCCUCCUUUUCUCUCCAGUCUCUCGUACUUUGCUCCCUCUCUCCUCAAGUGACCUUUAACCUCCUCUCGCUCUGUGUUCCUUCUCACCUCUCUCUCUCGCCUUUUCUUUUCAUCUCUGUGCUCGGUACAGCAGUGUAGCAGUCGUGUGGUAUUCUGCAGUAUUCAAAAGUAUUUAACAGUAUUCUACAAUCUUCUGCAGUAUUCAAAAGUAUUUAACAGUAUUCUACAGUAUUCUGAAGUAUUCAAAAGUAUUUAACAGUAUUCUACAGUAUUCAAAAGUAUUCAACAGUAUUCUACAGUCAUCUGGUGUUCUCAGGACAGGUGUAACAGCUGGUAGGUACAAUAACUAAACGUGUCACUGUGACAUUGUUGCUUUAUGUUUUGUUGCUUUGGAGCUAUGGUGAGAUCAUGGUGGUGGUGUGUGUGUCUGUGUGCCUGCUUGAGUGAGUGUGAAUGUGUGUGUCUACCUGGUUGAGUGAGUGUGUGUGCCUGCUUGCGUGUCUGCGUGUGUGUAUGUGUGUGUUUUGGCUGAGUUAGAUAGUUUGUUGUUAGAGAAUGUUGUUAGAGACCUGCUAUACUAUACUGAACAAAAAUAUAAACUCAACAUGUAAAGUGAAAUAAAAGAUCCCAGAAAUGUUCCAUAUGCACACAAAGCUUAUUCUCUCAAAUGUUGUGCACAAAUUGGUUUACAUUCCUGUUAGUGAGCAUUUCUCCUUUGCCAAGAUAAUCCAUCCACCUGACAGGUGUGGCAUAUCAGAAGCUGAUUAAACAGCAUGAUCAUUACACAGGUGCACCUUGUUCGAGGGACAAUAAAAGGCCACUCUAAAAUGUGCAGUGUUGUCACACAACACAAUGCCACAGAUGUCUCAAGUUUUGAGGAAGCGUGCAAUUGGCAUGCUGAAUGCAGGAAUGUCCACCAGAGCUGUUGCCAGAGAAUUUAAUGUAAAUGUUUCUACCAUAAGCCGCCUCCAACGUCGUUUUAGAGAAUUUGGCAGUACGUCCAACCUACCUCACAACCGCAGACCACGUGUAACCACGCCAGCCCAGGACCUCCACAUCCGGCUUCUUUACCUGCGGAAUCGUCUGAAACCAGCCACCCAGACAGCUGAUGAAACUGUGGGUUUGCACAACCGAAGAAUUUCUGCACAAACUGUCAGAAACCAUCUCAGGGAAGCUCAUCUGCGUGCUCGUUGACCUCACCAGGGUCUUGACCUGGCUGCAGUUCGGCAUCGUAACCGACUUCAGUGGGCAAAUGCUCACCUCCGAUGGCCACUGACACGCUGGAGAAGUGUGCUCUUCACGGAUGAAUCACAGUUUCAACUGUAUCAGGCAGAUGGCAGACAGCAUGUCUGGCGUCGUGUGGGCAAGCCGUUUGCUGAUGUCAAUGUUGUGAACAGAGUGCCCCAUGGUGGCGGUGGGGUUAUGGUAUUGGCAGGCAUAAGCUACGGACAAUGAACACAAUUGCAUUUUAUCGAUGGCAAUUUGAAUGCACAGAGAUACCGUGAUGAGAUCCAGAGGCCCAUUGUCGUGCCAUUCAUCCGCCGCCAUCACCAUACUUUUCAGCAUGAUAAUGCACGGCCCCAUGUUGCAAGGAUAUGUACACAAUUCCUGGAAGCUGAAAAUGUCCCAGUUCUUCCAUGGCCUGCAUACUCACCAGACAUGUCACCCAUUGAGCAUGUUUGGAAUGCUCUGGAUUGACAUGUACGAAAGCGUGUUCCAGUUCCCGCCAAUAUCCAGCAACUUCGUACAGCCAUUGAAGAGGAGUGGGACAACAUUCCACAGGCCACAAUCAACAGCCUGAUCAACUCUAUGCGAAGGAAAUGUGUCAUGUGUCUGCAUGAGGCAAAUGGUGGUCACACCAGAUACUGACUGGCUUUCUGAUCCACACCCCUACCUUUUUUUUUUAAGGUAUCUGUGACCAACAGAUUAGGGCCUAAUUAAUUUAUUUCAAUUGGCUGAUUUCCUUAUAUGAACUGUAACUCAGUAAAAUCUUUGAAAUUGUUGCAUGUUGCGUUUAUAUUUUUGUUAAUUGUAACUACAGACAGACAGUAUAACCUAUAACUAAUAUCAGGGUUAGUUGAACCUCUACCUGUAUACUUGUACACCUGGGUGUGUAACGUCACCUGCUGUACACCCUGUUGGGUUACUCACUUAGACUCUGUACCAGAGUCAGAGUACAUAGAGAGAGGGGGGGGGGGGGGGGGGGGGGGGGGGGGGGGGGGGGGGGGUAGUUUAUUAUUCAGAGAGAGCUGAGUGGCUGAAUGAGUGUAGCUGCUAAUCUCACCCUGAGCCUGAUGGCCAGAACCCAGAGGAAGAGAGAGAAAAGAAAAAAGGGGAAGGGAAAAGGGACGAAAAAAGGCGGGCCCCCCCUUUUUUAAAACCCCCCCAGAGGUUUCUUCCUUUUCCUUUUUUCCCCCCUUCCUUUUCUAUUUUUUCCCAGUUUUCAUUACCCCUUCCCCUUUAUAAACCCCCCCACCUUUAACAAAAGGGGGCUUGCCCCCUUCGGGGUUUUCCCCGUUUCCCCUCCCUUAUUCUCCCCCUUCUUCUUGGGGGGGUUUGGUUUCCCCCCUUUCACUCCCCCAAAGGACGAAAGGGCCCCCCCACUCCCCAAAAAUUUUUUUUCCCCUUUUUCCCCAAAAGUUUUUUCACUUCUGGUACAUUUCAAAACAAAACUUUUAAAAAAGCUAACCCCAUGGUUGUCUCCAAAGGGCGGGGAAAAAAACAGCUUUUGCAAAGGGGUUUUUGGGGUUUUUGUUUAAUUUUGUUUUUUGGGGCCAUUUUUAAAAAAGGGUUUUCCCCCCUCUCCUUUCGAGAGAGAGAGAGAGAGAUAGAGAGAGAAAGAGAGAGAGAUAGAGUGAAGAGGAAGAAUAGGAUGCCCACACGAGAGAAACAGAGACAGAGGAGGGGUACAUUACCGCAAGAGAAGUGACUGUGCAGGGUUUGGCCUUGCUGUCCUCCCUCCUCCUUUUCUGCCAGUGUGUCUGUGUAGAAGCAGAUGAUUUCUGGGCAUUAAGCUCCUCUUGGCAGCGCCCGGUUUAUGGACACACACACACACACACAUAGUCAGACACACACACACGACUGUUGGCUUCGCCCCACUUACGGGCAUCCAAUUUACCGCUUGUUUCCUCCUCCUCUCCUCCUGUCCUCCUCUCCUCUCGUUCUUCAGAGGCACUAAGCCGUGUUCAUGUCUCCAUCUCUCAGCUCAGACCAGGACAGGACAGGACAGCUGAUUCCUACAGUCGAACAGAACAAUGUUUCUCAACCUUUCUAUACCAGGGACCUAAAUGGUUCUUUCUACUUCAUGGUUUACAUUUAAACUAAAACAGAACUGUCCAAAUCAGCUAACCACAUAAAGGAUUGGUCUGCAACAUCCCAGGGACGUUGAGAAACAUUGCAGUAUUCAAGGUCAUUGUUAAUGGCGGUAUUGUUAUAGUUGUUAUGUUUCUUAAUUGUGUGAUAUGUUAAUGUUGAGCCACUGUUAUAGGACAACAUGCUCAAUGUCUUCCUCCUCUCUCUCUGAAAUCUGUGUUUCUCCCUCAGGGUAUCUUAGCCUAGAUUAGAAAUAUCUCAGACUUUCCCCAGAGAAAUCCACCAGAUGCCAAACACAUAUGCACACGCGCACGUACGCAAGCACAAAGGCAGGCAGGCACGCGCACACACACUCAUACACACGCUGGGGUGGUGCAACACUUACAAACAUAUGGCAACAUUAUCAGACAGAUAAACAGCUAAACAGUCUGGUAGAAAUUAAGAAUAAUCCACUAGAAAUAAAGGAUAUCUAGCAGAAGCUACUUUCACGCCCUGAAAGAGAGAGUUAGUAGCCAGAAAAAUGAGAAUGAAAAAGAGAAAGGAGAGAGGGGGGUGGGGGUGUGCUGGGUUGGAGCUGAGGUUAGCAUUAGUGUUCUUUCUCCACUCCCCCUCUCUCGCUGUCUCUCUCGCUCUCUCUCUGUCUCUCUCUCCCUCUUCUCUCUCCAUCCAUUCUGCAGCAGAGUGAUCAUAAUAGCAGACAUUGGAGUGACUCAUUCAGUACAGUACAACUCCAGCAUGUUUCAUUCUGAUAAAGAAUAUUGUCAGUGUGAGUGUGAGUGUGUUUGUGUGUGUGUGAGAGUUCUUUGUAGGAAUGCAGAGGGUACCAAGGUGACAUCGUCACAGAACCCCCUUUCAUCCUCAAAAGAGUCAGAGUUAAUCUUAUCAAAAACUCUAAAUCUUAAGCUGAUAUUGAAAAAAUGUUUUAUUAGCAAGUCUUCAAAACCUAUUUCUACAUCUAGCUAAGGUGUUUUGUGGUGGUAGGAUCCCUAUGAAAUUCGAAAUGUGCCACUAGUGUCUGCUUGCUGGCUGAACCAGUCUCAAAUCAAUCCAUAUGAAACUAAAGGAAGGGAUGCUAAGGACACCAGUUCACCCAGUCAAUGCUGAAUACUCCCUCUAGCUAGCUAGCUAGUGCAGUGAAGUUCUAGCUAAUGCACCAAUUAGUUUUCAUGAUAUCUCUUCUGCCAUGAUUAGUGCGCCAAGUUCUACAGCACAGCUGACUGCUCUCUACGACGUUAUUGCGUUGGCCAAAUGUUACAAAGUAGCGAGGCAGAGUGCCAGCUGUCAGAUACAUGCUGAUUUCUGAGAACAGCCAUGACUUUGGUGCCUUAUAACUUCAUCAACAAAAUGUCAAACUAACUACCGUAUGGCCAUUCAAACAAGCUUGCACUAGGCUGAUAGCUGGAGCAUGGUUUGCCGUAGUAGCCAGUGCGUCAUAGCCACAGAGAGCUGAGUAAUCUUCAGAAUUAGGAACUAGUGUCAGGCGGAUGAGCAGAAUCUGGAAUUUUUUAGAUGAGUUCCACGUCCUUCAAGACAGAAGGACGAGCGUCACGUAGGAGGGACGUGCUCUGACGUAAGACAAUGGGACUUUGCCGUUAUGGACAACUAUCAACUCACAGGAGACAAAUGGGCACUGGAGGGCACUAGGGUUAUUAGUUGGAUAGAGGACUGUAGAGGUGAAGAGGAAGGAAGAAGAGGGGAGGGAGGAAGAAGGGAUGGCUAAUCUCCCUGUCUCCUCUAAAGUCUUCGAAGUCUCCCUGGGACAGGAUAGGAUCAAUGUGCAGAAAAAUUAUAAUAAAUGUACUAACCAUCUCUCUCUCCGUUCCUUUCCCUCUUUCCCUCUCGUACCCCUUCUCUCUCUCUGUCCCCAGCUAUCUGUAAGUGUGUGUGGGAUGUCGUGUCUGGGCUAGAGCCCUUCCCUCUCCCAUGAGCCUGUGUGCCCACACACACACACGGCGCCCCCACACACACACAGACACACGGCGCUGACGUUGUGAAGUGGACCCUCGGAGACAGACCGGAGCAGAACCGGAUCAAACCGGCCGGCGGGCCGGCGGGGCGGAACCUGAGGAUGUCAACAGAGGCGGAACUACAGCCAGCUGUCAGGCCCAGCGUCAGGAGAGACUCCAGGAGGAAAGGUAAUACUGCUUCAUAAAGGCUUCAUAAUGCCUUUAUAAUGCCUUUAUAAUGCCUUCAUACUGACCUGUUAAGUGUUACAGUGCUGUCAUUUGAAUGUUUAGCAAAAGCAGGUGUUAAGCUGUAGGUAACAGGUGUGUGGGUACAAGUGUCGGGGCAGAGGUGAUGCCAGUAUGUGUGUGUUGAUCUCUCUCAGCGCCAGCCAGGUGGCACUGACCCGAACACCUGGAGAGGUCCAUACCCAUGUGUCCAAACCCCCAGACCCAGCCCAACUGUCACACAAUGAUUCACUAAACAGUGGGCACUCUGUUACUGACACAAUGGCUUAAAACUUUAUGGAUGUGAACAUUAUGGAUGUCCCCCCCCCCCCCAACUGUAUUCCACCCAGAGCCAAUCAGGCUGCUGUGGACCCUGUAGAAAGCCUGUUAGGGGAUCAGUACUCUCCCUAGGGGGAUGUGGAAAUCUGUUGGGUUUCCCUAUUUUCCUCCCGUGUGUGUGUGCGUGUUCAAGUGUGCGUGUGUUCUCCUAUCUCAUGCUCUGCUUGGCAAGCUUCAUGUAUUUUGAGGUUUCAGACCCAGUCUGCUGCUCCAUAUAGAAUACUUACCCAGAAACCCAUUAUACACACUUAAAGGUACUUAAAGCGAAAACAAGUUUAUAGAAAUGUUUGCUAAUGUAUAAGAAAAAAAAAAAUAUACCUUAUUUACAUAAGUAUUCAGACCCUUUGCUAGGAGACUCGAAAUUGAGCUCAGGUGCAUCCUGUUUCCUUUGAUCAUCUUUGAGAUGUUUCUACAACUUCAAUUGAUUGGUUGGACAUGAUUUGGAAAGGCACACACCGGUCUAUAUAAGGUCCCACAGUUGACAGUGAAGUCGAAGAAAUGGUCCGUAGAGCUCUGAGACAGCAUUGUGUCGAGGCACAGAUCUGGGGAAGGGUAGAAAAACAUUUCUGCAGCAUUGAAGGUCCCCAAGAACAAAGGGCCUUGGUCAGGGAGGUGACCAAGAACCCGAUGGUCACUCUGACAGAGCUCCAGAGUUCCUCUGUGGAGAUGGGAGAACCUUCCAGAAGGACAACCAUCUCUGCAGCACUCCACAAAUCCACUCCUCAGUAAAAGGCACAUGACAACACGCUUGGAGUUUGCCAAAAGGCAUCUAAAGGACUCUCAGACCAAGAGAAACAAGAUUCUCUGGUCUGAUGAAACCAAGAUCGAACUCUUUGGCCUGAAUGUCAAGCGUCACGUCUGGAGGAAACCUGGCACCAUCCCUACGGUGAAGCAUGGUGGUGGCAGCAUCAUGCUGUGGCGAUGUUUUCCAGCGGCAGGAACUGGGAGACUAGUCAGGAUCGAGGGAAAGAUGAACGGAGAAAAGUACAGAGAGAUCCUUAAUGAGAACCUGCUCCAGAGAGCUCAGGACCUCAGACUGGGGCGAAGGAUCACCUUCCAACAGGACAACGAUCCUAAGCACACAGCCAAGACAAUGCAGGAGUGGCUUCGGGACAGGUUUCUGAAUGUCCUUGAGUGGCCCAGCCAGAGCCCGGACUUGAACCCGAUCUAACAUCUCCGGAGAGACCUGAAAAUAGCAGUGCUCCCCAUCCAACCUGACAGAGCUUGAGAGGAUCUGCAGAGAAGAAUGGGAGAAACUUCCCAAAUACAGGUAUGCCAAGCUUGUAGCGCCAUACCCCAGAUUCGAGGAUGUAAUCGCUGCCAAAGGUGCUUCAAUAAAGUGCUGAGUAAAGGGGUCUGAAUACUUAUGUAAAUGUGAUAUUUCUGUUUUUAAUUUCUUAUAAAUUUGCUAAAUGUUCGAAAAACCUGUUUUUUCUUUGUCAUUAUGGGGUAUUGUGUGUAGAUUGAUGAGGGGAAAAAACUAUGUAAUCAAUUUUAGAAUAAGGCUGUAACGUAACAAAAUGUGGAAAAAGUCAAGGGGUCUGAAUACUGUAGAUGGUACAAUGAUUCUAUACACAAUAAAUUGCUUGUUUUGUCACAUAAACUGAAAUUAGGCAAACAUUGUAGAAUUUUAUCAACCAGGUA